AUAUAUUUUAGACAAAUGAUUGGUUAGAAUGGAAUCAGGAGAGGAGAUAUCGGGACCCUGGCGGGCUACUAAACUAUGGAACACCAUUAUAAGGAAUUUCCGGAGUGGAAUGCCGUUGAAGAAACACAAGAAGAACAUGAGAACCUACGAGAACUGUUUCAGUUCUACGGAUGCUGUAGACUGGUUGCAGAAAAGUCUGCAGAAGAAUCCAAACUUCGGAGCUGAGGUGACCAAGGAGCAAACCGUCCUUCUCCUUCAGAAACUCUACAGGGCCGGGAUCAUUGAAAACGUGAGAGAGGAUUCUAAUGAUGAAGAAUUCAAGGUGUCCGGAGAAUUGUAUAGAUUUAGUAAUAAAAGUCCAGUGAGAAACCUGCGAACUCCAGGGAAGAUGGAUCGGAAACCUCUCUCCGAUACCGGAAAUACUCCGCAUGCUCCCCGGAGUAAGGAGCGGGAUGAAGAGAAUGUAGCCGAGAAACCAGAACGAGAGAAAAGCUCGAGUAGGAAGAUAAAAGAAGAAAUGAAAAAACAGUUAAAUUUGUCUUAUUUCCAGGCUUUGCCCUCGAAUUCGUUAAUAAUCCUUGACAACGAUGACACCUGGCGACGUGUUUACAUGGAUCAGCUGACAAGAGCUCUAAGUAAACAGCACACUGAGAGGCUAGACUACGCCGGUCAGAUGGAUAUUGAAACUGUAAUGCAUAAUAUGACUCGUGUCUCUGCUAAGGGGAUAGUUCAGGUUGAAGAGAAGAGUGAAGAUCUCCCGCACUGGGUUCUCUCCGCUAUGAAAUGUUUAGCGAACUGGCCGAAACAAUUAAGAACAGUGAACGGUAAGGAGAGUUGCCUACCCAACUACACUGGAUUCGAACAUGAUGUUUUCAACGUUGUCAAAGAUUAUUUCCUUGGAUUACCUGGUCCUCUCUCCACAUUCCCUCUCUACGAUUUCUUUAUAGACGCGUAUUUGAAAGCUGAGAGGGAUAAUAGCACACCCGUCCUUCCAACCCCUUAUCCGAUUAAUCCUGACAAGUCCUGCGGGGUUCAUCCUGGCUCCGUGACUAGAGCAUGUACUCGACCGUUCACACAAACCAACCUAGAUAAUGAAUUCUUUACAAUGUCGGAUCAAUCUGAGGAGUUUUCUGCUCUCUCGCACACUGAAAGAGUAGCAAAAAUUCGCCACACCUUUCAGGUUCUCCCUCCUCUUGCAACCAGUAGUUUACAAUCCAGUAAUAAUACAAACUCUACUCUUAGUGGACAUUCAACCUUUGAUACAAUUUCACCCAGCUCUCUCUCCCCUGACAUGUCCACAACUGCAAUCAUGAAACAGUUCCUUCCUCCGAACACAUGCUUCGAGACUGCCUUCGUGGAGGAGUCUCCCAUCACCAGGAUAGUUCCUCAGAGAGAACACGAGGUUCUUCAUAUCCGUAGAACCUGGUCGGGACGUUCUCUUUCUCAUAUAUCCACGGACUGGAGCACCAAAUCAACCUCAACCCAGACUGAUGCUGCAGAGCAGGAUAAACUAGAAUCUAUGGAGCAGGUAUCCAGUAGUAGUCUUAAGAGAAUACCUAAAUGGAAGAGAACAAGCCGGUUUAGGAAAUCUAUUGCCGUCAUGGAAUCCCAGGAUAGACGGAAACCUUCUCAGCAACCUGGAGAUGCGGACGGUCGAGGGUUUGUUAAUGGAGGGUUUGCGGACACUCCGGAUAGCCGCAUCUCCAGACCAUCCGGUAUUCCAGGACGGACCAGACAGUUAAACUCAACCAGUGGGUUUCCCUCUCAACCCAUCAGUAAAACUCCCAUCAGGGGAUACUCCAGUGUAGAUAACUUGCUUGACAGAGAAACCAAAUUUGAAGAGGAUUUUAUGUUUAAGUACAGACAGGUUUCAGGAGAUCUGAGAUCUUCAUGUGAUCAGCUGGAGAUUGCCAGAGAACGAGCCGAGGAGAUUCGAGAUAAAAGUUUAAUUGAAUCUAAAGCUUUAAGAAAGGAAAAAAAGAAGAGAAGAUGGAGGAACGCUAGUACAGACCGUCUAGGAUAUGAUACGGAUACAGAUGUGAGAUAUGAAAACUAUGAGAACUAUCCUAGAGUAAGUGGAUCCUCCCGACAUUGUUAUAUAAAUCAAGGUUUGGAACUAAGUCCUAUUCCUAACUAUCUCUCAGCACCGCUUGCUUCUGAAGAAAUCAGUGACCUGAGUCCAGUUUCCUUUAACCGGCACGGGAAGUAUAAUACAAGCUACCGGCUGGCAAACAACCAACCUGAAACUCCUAAGGGAAGUUUUCCUCGCACAAGUACUCAGAUAAAUCUACAGCCUCCUCUCAACAACAACCAGCAGAACCCUAAACCUCGGAGUGUUGUUGAACCGGAGAAUUGUAUCUAUGUGCGUGCCGAACCUUACAACUGUUUAAACUCCGAUGUAACUAACUCUGUUGCAUCGGAGAAACAUGGACGAGAAACUAUUUACACAAGAGUUGGUCCUGGACCGAUACAACGUUACUUAGUGCAUGAUUCAACCCAUCCCUACACCUCAACCAUGCGUCCUUCUCAGUACCCAAACCGUUCUCAGCGUCCACAAUCAUCUCAACAUUCACUCCGUCCUGAGACCUUCAGACGGGAUACAGGAGCUCGUGCCUCCAGGUGUAGUCAGGCUACUAUUGACAGUGGACGAUAUUCAGACCUGAGUAGAUCAUCCAACCCAAUACGUCUUGUUCAUCUUCCUCAAUCCAGCUCCGGAGCAGACCUUAACUAUGCUAGGUUCUCUAAACAAGUUCCUCACAAUGUUCUUGUAGAGAAGCUACAAGUUCUUACUAGCAAUCCUGGAAAGGUUGAGGAGAUGGCAAUUGAUAUUUUUAAACUACUGACUCUCCUACUCCCACCUUCUAAUAGAAGAAAGUUGCAACUUUUGCUAAAAUUCAUCAAAAAGGUUGCUCUUAACUCAGACCUAAGGCUCGAUCAGAAAAUAUCCAACAGAGAACUAUCUGUUCUCACCUUUACAGAGGUUAUUCUCCGACCUGGAGAUAUCUACGCUACUAACCAGGAGAUUAACAGGAAAAUUGUUAAUCUUUUCCUCGACAAAUAUGAUGAGAUCUGGAGUCCGCCACAGAGUUUAAGACGUGAAGUUGAGGAGAAGGUUUAUCAGAGUUUAGUAAACCGUAGAAUACAAGCUGGAGAAGAUCCUUAUCCUGUAACCUACUGUAGACAGGUUACAAAAAGUGAGUAUGAGAGCUCUAAACUGAGCGGAGCUGAAGCUGGUCUUAUGGAUCUCCUUCAAGUUAUACUGACAGACACUAAGAUGUCGGACAAAGAGAAAUCAAAGAAAAUGAAGAAAUUUAAAGAAUCUUAUCCUCAACUCUGGAGGCGCAAGUUUCCUACGGAGAGCAGUGAACCUGAACUAGUUUCCAGGAAGGAGAAGAUUGGCAAGUUUAGUUCUCUCUCUAGGAUCAAGAACGUGAUGAGAAUAUAAGGAGAAAAUAAGAACUUUAUUCCUUUCUUAUAUUCCUUUUGCUCGGGCUUCCAGAUAUGCAUAAUGAUUUUAGUCUCGCUUUUAUUUUAAUAUAUUUGUUGUUGGACAAUUCGGUCCUUGAUUCCGUUUUAUCAAGUUAGUAAUGAAUCUAAAACAUGAUUAGAAAAUAUCAUUUUAAUGAACCUAA